AGGAGUGGCAGAAGCAUCCGCCCCACUGGGAAGGGAAAGGAGAAACCAUUUGAACUUGGAGAUUUGGCGUUUCCUGGGGUUUACAGACUGUUGGGGCAUAGGAGGCACCCCGAAAAGACUUCAGAGGUCCCAACAAUGUCUCUGUAUUGCGGAGCGGUUUGCAGGAGGAAAUCUUUUUGGUGCUAUAGGCUGCUGUCAACGUAUGUCACUAAGACGAGGUACUUAUUUGAAUUGAAGGAAGAUGAUGAGGCCUGCAGGAAGGCUCAGCAGACCGGAGUGUUUUACCUCUUUCAUGACCUGGCUCCUUUGCUGCAGCAGGCAUCGGGACAUCGAUAUCUGGUCCCUCGGCUUAGCCGAGCAGAGUUGGAAGGGCUGCUGGGUAAGUUUAGACAGGACUCACAAAGAAUAGAAGACUCAGUGUUGAUUGGAUGUUCCAACCAGCAUGAAGCAUGGUUUGCUUUGGAUCUGGGUCUGAAGAGCACAUCCUCCAUCCACGCCCCCUUGCCAAAAUCUGAAAUGGAGGCAGAGCUCAGAGGUUCUUUCAUCACACUGAGGCAGGCUGUUUUUCAGCUGAACUUGAUGGAUUCCUCCUUGCUGUUCACGGCUCAGGCUCUUCUCCGCUGGCACGACAGCCAUCAGUUCUGCAGCAAAAGCGGGCAGCCUACGAAGAAGAACAUGGCCGGUAGCAAGCGAGUGUGCCCUUCCAAUAAGAUCAUCUACUAUCCGCAGAUGGCCCCUGUGGUGAUCACACUGGUGACGGACGGGGCCCGGUGUCUACUCGCCCGCCAGAGCUCCUUCCCCAAAGGGUUGUACUCUGCCCUGGCAGGCUUCUGUGAUAUAGGUGAAAGUGUGGAAGAGGCCGUCCAGCGGGAAGUUGCAGAAGAGGUGGGCCUGGAAGUGGAGAACCUGAGGUACUCCGCGUCCCAGCACUGGCCCUUUCCCAACAGCUCACUCAUGAUUGCUUGUCAUGCAACCGUGAAACCAGGGCAGACGGAGAUCCAGGUGAACCGGAGAGAGCUAGAAGCAGCUGCCUGGUUCAGUCUUGACGAGGUGGCCACAGCCCUGAAGAGAAAGGGCUCCUUUAUUCAGCAGCAGAGUGAUACUGUCCCAUUGAUGUUGCCGCCCAAAUUAGCCAUUGCCCACCACAUGAUUAAGAGCUGGGUGGAAACACAGACCUGUUCUUCCCUGGCUGCUUAGCUCAAAUCAAGCUGUCUAGACCCCUCCCCAGCGUUGCUGAAGGGCAUGCCAGAGAUCUGCCACAAGAGGAGGUGGCAAAGCCAGCUCCAGGGCAGUCUCCUAAGGCAGAGGAGCUCUGGGAAGUUCCUGUCGCCAAAAGAGGUUCCCAGUACCGGACCACCAAAAAUGUCAGUGUUACCGGAUAGAGCAGCCUGUACCCGCGCUUGUCCUAGCUACUUUGGAGGCUGAGGCAAGAGCAUCACUUUCUCUCAGGACAACGUGGGAAACACAUCGAGACUCUGUCUCUUUGACAAAACAAAACAAAAACUCCAAGGAAAAAAGUUGAUUGAUGAGAUGCUAACCACGAAACGCCGAGAGAAAAGUGCUGAUUCAUGUGGACGGAGGCCAUUUCUCCAAGGCUGUAGGAGCAAACAUCUUCUGGCACCUGGCCCAUGGAUGCUGCAUUUACAGGAACUGCCAAAUGUGCCUGGAGUAAUUUGUCUUAGUGUCUACACUAUUAACAAAUCUCAACUCACAUUUGAGUUGCUUCUGUCCUCACAGAAAAAUAGCAUAGUAUUAUAUUUUUGAAUCUGUGUGUAGGUGUAUUAUUUUUUAAAUUUUAUUAUUAUAA